UGCUCCCAGGCGCCUCCCUCUGUGGCACUUGUCUCCCUCCCGAGAAGGAACCACUCACAGGCGUUACCCUUAAGAUAUGAAACCCUAAGGAGCGGCCGAACACACUAUGUGCCAUGUAAGAAAGAGUCACUUGUUUGGGGGCAUUUGUCUAAUCACCUGCUUUAUACUGUCGUUUAACUUUUAUUGGCCGAGGAGGUAUCAGCUGACCAGAUUGGGAAGCCCGUCUAUUUGUGGAGGCCAAGCACCCAAUGAUACGAUCACACCAUUAAAGGGCCAGAGAACCUUUAUUAUAUCUGCAUACAAGGAUAACAGGGAGGGAAAUAUCAUCCGGAUCUUGGGGAUUGUCCACCAUAAAGAAGUGAAGGAACUCUACUGUUACUUCUGCUGUAAUUCCAACACCAAUGUGUACCCAACCAGGGCAGGAAUUGAUAUCCAUCAGGAUCGGUUUGGGUUCCCUUAUGGUCUGGCCGAUAUCAUCUGCACAGAACCUCCGGACUGUAGAGCGGAAUUUGUGUCGGUUCAUUGGUCUCCUUCUGAAGUCGUCCACAAUCUCACCAGCUUCAGAAUCAGGAACAGGGAUCCCGGCCAAUUUACUGCCAACUUCACCGUCUGCUUCUCCGCCAUGUUUGGGAAUUACAGCAACGUCCUGCAGUUCGUCCAGACCAUUGAAAUGUAUAAGAUACUGGGCGCCCAAAAAGUCACGGUCUACCUGAACAACUGCAGCCGACAGAUGGAGGAGGUCCUUCAGUACUACACCGAGGAAGGGACGAUGGAGGUGAUCCCCUGGCACAUUCAGCGAUAUCUGAAGGUCUCUCAUAAUUGGCAAUAUCCCAACGAUGGCACGGAAAUUGGUUAUUAUGGACAAUUAUCGGCGCUAAAUGACUGUUUGUACAGAAACAUGUACUCUAGCAAGUUUGUUGUACUCAAUGACCAGGAUGAAAUAAUUCUGCCUUUCAAGCACCGGACUUGGGACACCAUGAUGGAAAGUCUUCAAUGGGAAAACCCCAACGUGGGAAUCUUCCUCUUUGAGAACCAUAUCUUCCCCCAAACUGUGGUUUCCGAUGGGAAUUUUACCAACACAUCUACAUGGAACGAGGUCCCGGGGUCCAACCUACUGCAGUAUAUACACCGGGAACCGGACAGACCCAAUUACUUCAAUGCCCGGAAAAUGAUCGUGGAUCCGAGGGCAGUGAUCCAAACAUCUGUUCACUCUACCCUGAAACAGUACAAAAACUCUAAGUAUGUCCCUCUAGAAACUGCCCUGGUUCAUCACUGUAGAGGCCCCCUGCAGCCCCAGCUGCCCAGAGAGGCCUUAAUUGAGGAUAAAACUAUAUGGAGCUAUAAUGGUUCCUUAAUUGUGAAUGUGAACCGGACGCUUACACAGGUUUUAGAGAAGCUGUAAUUAAACACCCGAAACUGCUGACUCUUA